AUGGAGCAACUUCACGUCUCUGUUUCCUUACGUGAAAUGUAUGAAGAAGGCCUUUUGGAGGAUGGUCGCAUCUUGAACGCUUUGUCUCUACCUUGCAGCACUUCAUACAGCGGUCACCUUUACAGUCCGGAGUAUCCUGUCUCGGUGACAAGUUUCUGGUUGGUUGCCAGAAAGGAGCCAUUAGUUACAUUCAUCCAGAUUGUUUUGGUGUCGGUACCAUCAUUGAGGUUCUUUGCAGGCGGAAGUUGUGAUCCAGAGGAAUGGACUGCAGAGGUUGUCUUGCUUGAACCUGGUUCUGCCUUAUGCAGCUACAUGCAUCCCAACACUCACCAUGCAGUGGUGACCCUGGAGAAUUCCAUCGUAAAAGGUCACCAUUUCUACUCCACGGUCACACUCUCGAAAACUGUCUUGGGCUGGGUUCAUACCUGUAUGCUCGGUUAUACUAUUACAAACAUUUUGCAUGUUGAGCUCCAGGAGGUUCUCCUUCGUAUGAUGUGCUACUUUGGUGCAGUGAUCAGUGAUCAAGGACCUGAAAAUCAUGACACAGAUAUUCCCACCAUGACAAGAGAUGGACCUCUUGACUUCAUUGCGUUAGGAAAUCUCUGUCUAUUUGCACCUGCCUUGCCAAUAUUUUUGGUUCGGCCCAAAAUGGCUGAAGUCCUACAAUCUGAUGCCCUGGAGGAUUGGUCGGAAACCGUCGACUAUGAUUGUCUGAUGGUGAAGAAGAGGGACCCUAAGGACGAAGAAGACUACCCCCCAACCAAUGUUUCAAACAUAAAUGAUGGGAUUCAAGUGGCAUGGAUAUGA